GCGCCAUCUUUGAAUGCUUCCGGUGGUGUUUAUUGUGUUUACAUUUUAUCUUUCGUAGGCUGUUGUAGAAAAUGAUAAUGUUUCAGAUGUAGGAUACUGUAAGAAACUAGAAGAAAAUUCUCGAAAAUUAUUAGUAAUCAAUGUGCUUAAAGUGGGAGAGGUCAUCGCUGAGAGAGCUUCCAGAAGAUGACGGGUAGAAAGGCAAAUAUGGAGAAGUCAAGUGUCUUGGAUGAUCUACCUGCUGAUUUACUGCCUUCUUGUCGUAUACAGUGUAAACCAGGAUGUAUAAAGAUAGGUCAGAAGGAAUUCCAGUCAGCAUCUGAGGCUUUGGAUGCCUAUUUAGACCAAUUUGACUACCAACUAACCAGUUCCACAAAUUCUACCCAUCAUUCCUCAUUCACCAAAUCAUCUAGUGAAUUAGAAACCACAGUGUCACGAAUCCAGAGACAAAAAAUUAUCAAUGAUGAAAUACAAAAAGCAAAACAAGAUUUAAAAAUACAUUUAUUGAAAAAAGCAUUAGAUAAAUCACAAAAACGAGAACAAAGUUAUCUGCAACAAGAAGUUGAUGACGCUUUAGCAAAGUCUGGAGAAUUACUAGAUAAACUUAAUACAUCAGAUGAUUCUGUACCACAAUGUCCUAGUGAUAUCGGUAGUUUAACAACGGACGUCUUACUCUCUGUGAAUCCUUACCAAGCAUUAAAACCAUCAGAAUCAAACCAUGUGUUUUCAUAUCACAGAACGCCAAGAAACAGAUCUCGUGAAUCAAACAAAUCUAAUAACAAUAGCAGAUAUCAAAACAAAGAUGUCAUUACUGACCAAACUAGUUCUUCCUUUGACGUAGAGAAAAGUUUUCCAGAUCCAAGCUUUUCUUUGAAUAAAUCAAAAGUAACCAUUAAUCCUCAAGAUCCAAGCUAUAAGCAAAAGUUGCGCCAAAUGCGUAGUCGUUCUGUUUCACCAACUUCGGGAAAAACUCAGUUUAAAACACCAAGUUGGGUCCAAGAGUUAGAUACAUCCAGUAAAGGUCCACCCAGUUGGAUAGAUGGCCUCACACCAUCUGAUAUAUCUGAUUCUUUAUGGACUGACAAAAGUCAAACUCAAAAAUCCUAUCCAAGAACAGAAGAUGGAAAGUUAAAAUCUUUGAAGGAGGAAAGCUCUAAUUUUUCUAAUUCCCAACCUCCUGGUUUGAACUAUUCUGACCUUAGUAGUAAAAGUAUAAGCUUUAAUCCUCAACCGUAUUCUGAUCUACGAAUGUACACUGCUAAAGUCAUUUCAGAUGUUGAUAAGUUUUUAGAAGAAACCGAUUUAGGGAAGGGUAAUGAAAGUGAUUCUUUGAUUGAAUUGGAAACAGAUAAAGUGAAUAACCAUCAACCUAAAGUUCUUCAUACCACAUUAGAUAAAUAUAUAGCUGAUAUCUCAAGUCCAUUCUCUGGUCAGAAAGCCAGCAGUAGUUCUAUAGAGAAUAUGCCAAGAUGCUCCAGUAUGGAUAUGAUGUUAGGUGAAAAUACCUUACCUAAAUCAGAUAUAACUGGAGCCAGUUCGAUUCCUUUACUUAGUGCCACAGCAACACCUAAGAAAGUUGGUCGACAGACAGUAACAUUUAGUCCUCAUAUUGGUAAAGGUAAAAGCCCUGAUUCCAGUAUUAUAUUAGAUGGUGACAGGCCAUGGGAACAGCAUUGUCCAUUAAAGCCCCCAGUUUAUGUUGGUAAUCAUACAAGUCCAUCUACUACAUCACACAAGUCAAAAUUGUCAGGGUCACCAACAUUCAGCGGAGGUCAGCAGCCAGGUAGCAUGGAAGCCUUGAAAAAAAUAUUAUUUAAACUACAGGCUGAAGAUCCCAAUGGGGAAACAAAAUCAGUAAUAUCAGAACAGAGUGAUACAAGUCAUGUGUCAUUAAAUAUGCCAGCUUUAAAAGGUUAUAAUUUUAAUUCUGAACCAGGUGGACAUUCAUUAGAAAAAGCAUUGGUUCAUUUGUCACGGUUAAAAAGUCUAGUGGACAAAAAAGAACAACUCCAAGAAGAAUCAGUAUUAGAGAAGUCUUCCCAUAGUGCACCAUCUUCUCCAAGGAGAUAACAUGUAUGAAUCAAGCAUUACUUAUUGAAAAAAAAUUAUGCAAGUGUGUAAAAAAACCAUAAUCUCUUAUAUUAUUCCUUUAGUUAUUCACAGUCAUUCCCAAAAUAACAAAUGUUUUACUGUGGAGGGGGGGCAACAAUUGUGUUAACAAAUAGGUCCAUUUUUUUUCUAGUCUGUUGCAUACAUCUGUAGCUAUUUAUUUUAAAUUAAAUAUAAUCAGACAUUUUAUAAUAGAAGUUUAAAAUGUAUUUCCCUGAAUAAGCAUUUAAAACUAUUUCAAAUGAAAUUCAUAAUAUCCAAAUAAAAACAAGCUUGGCUACAUGUAAGUAGUGAUCUAAUACUUUGAUGCAUUUAUCUUUAUGCGAUACAUCUAUUUUUUUGUAUCAGUAUCAAAAUUUAUGUUAUUAAUCAUAGUCAUCUUGUACUUCAAUGCAUUUAUAUUUAUACUGUAUUAUUGGGGGGUAUAAAUUAAUACCAAAAGUUAUCCUAUUAAUCAUAAUGUAAAUCAAAAGUUUUUGAUCCUUUAUGCUCAAAAUCAACUCUGUGGACCCUUGGAUGGCUUGGUACAGCUUGGAUUUAAACAGUCGUCCAUUUAAAAUUAAAUCAAGAAAUGGCCGACCACGCUAACACUUACUGUUAGUUACCACUGGAAACUGGUUUUGAAAGGCCUACCAAGCGAGGGUACCAUAGCCAUUGAGAAUAUUACUUGAUAAUCGUGGAUAUGUGGGUGGAGUUAUCGUCUGUCAAUCAAACAAUUCUCUUAAGACGGUGCGGACACAGUUGAUGCCUAUUUCUAGCACAAACUUCCAACAGCGACAACUCCGUUUAGAAUAAAGUAAUUGGACUGAAAUGUUCAAUAUUUUCUUUUUUUAUCAUCUAUUUUUGAAUUAUUAUAGCAAGAAUGGCCAACUCUUUCUUAAACUCUUAACUAAUGUAUCUUUAAAUAACAAAGCAUUCCUAUUUUUCUCUACCUACAACAGCAUUUUAUAUGAUAUUCUCAUAUGUUUUUGCUCAAAAUAUUUUUCUAGUUUAUUUGGAUUUAAAAUGUUUUCAUUUGUUUCUUUUUGUUAAUCAAAGUACUACAGAUUGUCAAAUCUAUUUUUGUAUCUAUUUUAUAUUAUUCUGAGGCCCGUUUUAUGACAUAAGUGUUACAUGUGCUUUGCAAAUAACUUAUCAUUUCUCCAGUGCCUUGAUGAUUAUGUUAUUUAUCAUUUAAUAAAUCUUUUAGUGUUGUUUAUAUACAUAACUAUUAAAAUAUUGUGAUUUGUAACAUAAACUGUUAGUCCAUCAGUAAUAUUUCAUUCAUUUGGUGCUGCCAAAAUGGGACAUUUGAUCAAUUUACACAGCAUAGCAUUUUAAUUUUGAAAAAUUAGUUGUUUUAAAAUAUUUUUGGCAAAAGGUCAUAUCUGGUAUAAAAAGACUGACAAAAUUUGAAUAGUGAACAUCUAAAUUGUUAUCCUUCUUUAAAGCAAACGACCAGAGACAUGUUACUAAAAAGGUACUAACUGGAUGAUAAAAACGUUUUCUCUCACAUUUUAUCCAUAGAUUUAGUAUCGUAAAACUUGGUUCUGGCAACAGGCCAACAUAGACAUUUUAUACUGCUUGAUUAAAAGCUUUUAAUAGGAGUAAGCUCCCUUCAUUUAAUUGUCAGCUCUAAACUUGAUGAUGGGCAUAAAAUUUUAUGGCUUUCUAUUUUCUAUCCUACCUUUCUUCUUUUUAUUACUGCUGUGAUUAAGAAUAUAUGAAAAAAAUCCAAAGGGAUUUGGAGAGACCUGUGUCAUCCUCGUGACAAAAUAACAUUAAAAUCAAUUCGGACACUAGAGUUCAUGCUGUUUUUUUUGGUUUUUUUAUAAAAUUUAAGAAUUAGCCAAAACUCCACUGACUGCUUCCUUUAAUGAUGGACCUAAAAAUACAAGUUUCUUUAUCUCAAAAUUGUUAGUUAUAACCCGAUGAUAAUAUUUAGAACAUUACAAUUUAAGUUUUUACAGAUUCGGAAAAAUGGUAAAUUAAAAUUAAAGCUGUCAAAAUUUCUUUCUUUAAAUAAAUGUAGGGGAAAAUCUUCCACCUAAAAAUAACUGGAAAAGAACACUAGAUUUAAAUAACCUGGAAGAGAGACUAGAAUUAAAUAAAUAUAAUAUAUUUUAAAUUUAUUUACCUUAUAAACAUAUGUGUUUACAAGUAUAUACAUGUAGUAUGUAAAUAUUGACUAUAUCAUAGUAUUGCACCAUGACCACAUUAUUACUGCAUGUACAUUUAUAUGUCAUAUUACUAAUAUUACUGCUGACAAGAAUAAGCAUUAUUUAACUAUAGGGCCACUUAGAUAUAAAAUAUACAUGUUUAGAAUUUACAAAAGGCAUUGUAUGCUACAUGUUUUCCACUUCUUACUAAUAUAAAUAUAUCUUCAAAAUAUUUGCUAUACUUUUUUAUUGCAGUUAAUAGAAAAGUUGAGAAUAUUGGUUCCCUGACUGUGAAUCAUUUAUUUAUGUAACCAAAGAACAUUAUCUUAUAUAUUAUUAUAUACUGCCUAUUUAAAGGAGGGCACCCAGAUAUAUUUUAGUGAAUAAAACUGGUUAAGUUUGGGUGAAAGACACUUACAAAUCUUUAUACUAGUCUUGGGAAACCAUUUCAAGUCUGGCAUUUUUAUGUGGAGUUGGCAGUGAGUCUCCAAAUUCCACCUGUGUCUGGUUAACUAUGUCUUAUAUAGUUGCCAAAGUUAUAUCUAUAAAUAGUAGUGAUUGCCAAGUCACUCAUAUGCAGAAUAAAAUUCCAUAAGAGUUAUGUAAUACUGUUAACAAAUCAUACAAUCAUUUCCAAACAGCUCAAUAUUUUGAUGUAAAUCCACUUUAUUUAUAGUGGCCUUUAAUAUAGUUUGGACUGUUAAGCACAAUAUCAGUAUAUCCACAUUGUUUGUUAUAACUAUGUGUUUUGUGUGUAAAAGUGUUAGUAUGCUCAUAUUAUAUUUAU